CCUACUCAUAGACACCACUCACCCCUUCCUUUCCAAGCACAGAUUCCCAGUCAGUAGUAUAAAAGGAGCCUCUUCCUCUGUCAUCAGCAUCAGUUCCCUGAGCAUCAUAGCAGGAUGAAGUUUGCCGUUCUCUUCUGCCUGGCCGCCCUGGCCUUCGCCGCCCCUCAGGAGGACGCCCAGAUCCUCAAGGACGAAAGAGUCGACAACGGCGACGGCUCCUUCAGCUACUCCUUCGCCGCAGACAACGGCAUCGAGAUGGAAGUUGCAGGAACCCCAGGAUCUGAGGGACAGAGCAACAUGCAAGGAUUCUACCUACUUCCCCUGGAGGACGGAGGCUUCGCCAGGGUCACCUUCGUAGCCGACGAGGAGGGCUUCAAACCCUCCAGCGAUCUCCUCCACCCCCCACCCCUCCCUGAACACGUCCACGAGCUCCUCAGGAUCGCCGAGGAGCAGAGGGCUCAAGGAAUCACUUUCGAAUAAAGGAUCUUCUCUUGUACUUCCCGAGGAAUCCUGACUAUCUCUGGUAAAACUCUCUCUCUCUCUUUCUCUCUCUCUCUUCCUGAAGGUGAAGAGGAAAUACCAAACCAAGUCUUUCUCGUCCCGAUCACCUACUUAUGAAUGAUACUUGCUGAUGAUGCAAAGCUAUGUACAGUUCGCGCGUUUUCCAAUAAAGUUAAUCCGCUCAGUAGGAUAGAAAACAAGAUUA